AAUUACCAUGGAUGUGUAUUACUUACAAUCUGCAUAGGGAUAAAGGAAAAACAAAACAAAUAUUAGCUAGUAGUGUGUGUUUACUUUUUUUUUUUUAAAACAGAUAUUAUGACAGUAAGUUCAAAUAGGCAAUUUUGCAAUUCGGCGGUCAAACUAUUAAGUUUGGUCACUUUUUAUGUGAAGGUAUGUGCAUGUAAGGGAUGAGUUUAAGUGAAAAAAAAAGAGUGAAUUCAAAAAUGUCAACAGAGGAAGUGAAGAUAUGACUUGUGGCCGGUUUCUUUAGCAACAAAGCAGUUGCAGAAAAACAACAUUCAACACAGAUUCAUUCUGAGAGAAACAUGGACGAGCUCGAUUUGCUUUUGGAGGAGCUCGCCCUCAAUCCGACUACUUCAGAAGGCAGUCGUGCAACCGCUGGAGAGGUGUCAGCUGCAGCCAGCACUAAGACUAAAAAGGGGUCUUGCCUGAGAAUUUACAGUGAGCCACCCCCUCCGGAGGAGGCUUCCCAGGACUCACCCACCAUAGAACUGGACUCAAUUUUGCAAGAUCUGCUGAGCCUAGCAUCAGAGGAGGCCGCGGCUUCUCCGCUUUUACAGGAGCAGUCUGGUGAGAAGAAAACAAAAGAUGGACGUCGGGAUUUCGACGCAAAGGCUUCAGCGAGCGGCAAAGACGCAGAAAGCGUCUCUUGUCUUCUCGGAGGGCUGAGCGCUGACUUGGAAAAGAUCGGCGUCCACACUGCAGCCAAGGGCCGCUGUGCCGCCUGUAACAAAGUUAUUGUGGGGAAGAUGAUCACAGCCAUGGGGGAAAUGUGGCACCCGCAGCACUUUGUGUGCGCGGCGUGUAAGACGGAGCUGAGCACCGCAGGCUACUUCGAGAAGGAGGGACGUCCGUACUGCAAGAAAGACUACGAGGAGCUUUUCGCUCCCCGCUGCGCCUACUGCAAAGGGCCCAUCGUGCAGAAGAUCCUGACAGCCUUGGACCAGACAUGGCAUCCUGAUCACUUCUUCUGCGCGCACUGCGGCGACUUCUUUGGCGAUGACGGUUUCAUGGAGAAGGAUGGGAAGCCUUAUUGCUCCAGGGACUUCUACCGCCUUUUCGCCCCCAAGUGCGCAGGCUGCGGGGGGUCAGUGAUGGAGAACUACCUGACUGCAGCCAAUGGCACGUGGCAUCCGGAGUGCUUCGUCUGCGCGGACUGUCUGAAGCCGUUCCCCGACGGACGCUUCAUGGAGCUGAACGGCCGCCCGCUGUGCCAGACGCACUUCCACGCCCGCCAGGGAACCGUGUGCGCCCGCUGCCGUCAGCCCAUCGUGGGCCGCUGCAUCUCGGCUCUGGAGAAAAGGUUUCACCCGGAGCACUUUGUGUGCGCCCUCUGCCUGCGGCAGCUCAGCCACGGAAUCUUUAAGGAAAAUAACGGGAGGCCAUAUUGCCCGCUGUGCUUUGACAAACUCUGUGUGUGAUGUGGAAAUGUGUAAAUACACCCACAUUAUCACCGCGUUUGAAUGAACUCAAAUGGCACGAAAGUGGAAUUUGCAAGAGGAUAUUUCCUUUUUUUCCAUAAUUUUAUAAUUGUCCUCUUUGUUACUACACACAAACCCUGAAAAAAGUAUCCCAUUGAAAACUAUUUUUUGCAAUUAGUUGUCACACAUUUACUUCAACACAAACUAAAGGGGUUUGUGCGACUAAUGGUGCUACUUCAUCCCUAUUCAAAGCACGCAGCUUUAUAUUUCAAACAAUAUGCCAUAUUCUUUUUAAAAAUUGAAAGGACGCAGCAAUAUAGUCAUGUAAAUCUUUUUUUGUUUUGCAAAGGUGCCUUACUACUUAUAUAAUGUCACUACUAUAAAACUGGCUUUUCUAAUGUUUUAUAUUUUGCCACCAGAUUGCGCUACUUAUUCCCAUUCAAAGCAUGCAGCAAACUUUUAUGAUUUUAUAUAAAAGGGCUUUGCUUUUGAAAUAAAUAAUGUGCCAAACUGCUACAACUAGUGGCUUUAAAAAUAGCCACGUUUCACAUCCAAAGUUUCACACCUACUCUCGUGGCGGGGUACACCCUGAACCGGUUGCCAGCCAAUCGCAGCGCACAGCGAGACAAACAGCCGCACUCACAAUCACACCUAGGGGCAAUUUAGGGUGUCCAAUUAAUGUUGCAUGUUUUCGGGAUGUGGGAGGAAACCGGAGUGCCCGGAGAAAACCCACGCAGGCAACGGGCAGAACGCGCAAACAGAGACGGGAUUUGAACCCGUCUUCAGAACUGUGAGGCUAACACUUUCCAGUUUGAACUCAAUGAGUGAGUUUUUCUUCGACGCAACCGCAGGACGUUCUUCAACUUAUACAGUAACUGUAGCUUUUUCUCAGAAUAUGUUACAGGCAAAAAUGCCACAUGUGUGCUGUCCAUGGUCAGAAAGCCGGCGAUGCACAAUUGACACCGAAGAACUAUCUAACAUAUUUUCAGCCCCCAUCCCUCCCCUCAAAUCAGAAAAUCCACGGAUAUGCGGUGCGUCGUGCAUACAAGUCACCAAGACGUUUUUGCUCUGGCAUUGACACACGCGUGUUGGGAGCGCGACCGUGCAACUGCAUGCAGGACUUACAUCACUGUGCACGCUGCCAAGCAUCCAGUGGAGAGUCGAACUCUACACUCGUGGAAACUCAGUUUGUGGAGUGACGAAGCACCCUGAUUCUCCACAAUAUCUGCAAGUCUGAUGGAUGAGCCUGAGUUGGUGUAUGCCAGGGGGACGUCGGCUCUUUGGAAAACUUGAUAGAGGAGGGAUAAGACUCGGCUUUUCGACUUUGGCCUUAGUUCUGGGGAAGGAAAAUCACUGGAAAUAAUCCAUAUAGUCAUUCAUUCAUUAUCUGAGCUGCUUAUCCUCACAGGGGUCGCGGUGGGAAUCACAGGGCGAAUGGAGGCAGACAACAGUCGGACUAACAAUCACACCUAGGGGCAAUUUAGAGUACCCAUUAAUGCAUGUUUUUGGGGAUGUGGGAGGAAACUGGAAAGCCCAGAGAAAACACAUGCAGGCGCGGGGAGAACAUGCAAACUCCAUACAGGAGGGGCUGGGAUUUGAACCCCGAACCUCAGAACUGGAGGCUCACAGUCUAACCAUUUGCUCCACCGUGCCGAAUUCCAAAUAGUAAGAUAUAUAGAUAUAAAUAACAUUAACAUGAAUAUAUUUACAGUUUUUUGGUGUGUGUGUGUAUGUUGUUGAUAUGGGCUUAACUCACAGACAUGUUUGAAAUGGGCGUUAGACAUUUUAGUAAUUUCUCUCCAUUAAUACAUGCCGAUGUAGGGUAAUGCUGGCGUGAGAUCGCCACACUCCCCCCUGCCGACACCCUCGCCCUCCCCCCACAGACGCCUUCACAGGAGCGCCUGGAAGAUUGAUGAAGAAAGAAAGCGGAAAGCACAAAUUCGCUUUUACUGUAGCCGCGGCGCUCAAACAACUCGCCCCAGGCGACGAGAGAUGGGUAGACCGCAAAUUUCUCUCUUUUUUUUUAAGGAAAUACUGUACCACUGAUGUACUUUGAGUGUUGAUUGAUAUGAUUCAUUAAUUCUGAUAUAAAAAUAACAAAUAAUAUCCUCUUGGAUUUCCUUUUCAGAAUAAGAUAUUAUUAAUCAACAUUAUCUUGUGUUUGCACUGUUACCAACCAUAUUGCGAAUUAAACUACAUCGUGAAA